AUGUAACAUUUACCUUCAGUCUCCCCUCUUAUGUAUAAAUAGCACAAGCCUAGUAAAAUGUAACAUUGUUCAAAAAUUAUAGGUAGGUAUGACUUAGAAGAAAAUAUGUGUUUGGAAAUAGAUUAAAGAAAUUUAGGCUGUUCAUCUAACCUAAAUAAGGAGGCAUGCAUUUAUUAAUUAACAGACGAAAAAGGACAGGAUGUUAAUUGUAGAAAUCUAUAUAUUUUAGGCAUUUUUCUUGAGAGAUGCCGAUUAAUAAACGAUGUGCAACUUUAGACGUUAAGUUGUUCUGAUAGAAUUAACAAACUAGCUUGCAUGAAUUUACCCUAAAAAGUUUGUGUUUGGAACAAUAGUUGUAAAAAUUUAGACGAUAAUUCUAACUUAAAUUAAUGUUAUGCAUCCAAUUUGCCUGUUACUCCUUAUACUUGUUAACAAUCUCAAUCAGACUUAUGCAUGAGUAGUUGGAAGCAUGGUAACUUUAGAUGUUUAGAAGUACCAAUUGACUAAUUAAAUACAAUAACUUGCAAUUAGAUGGGAUUGAAUUAAAAAGCAUGUAUUGCUAUUAAAACAAUAGAUUAAAAAUGUAUUUUUGAAAAUAAACGCUGUAGUUCUAUUGAGCCCUCUUAAAUCACAUCAUGUGAUCUUAAAUUGAACAUAAAUGCCUGUCUUUCAUCAAAUCAAAAUAAUGAAUUGCAAUGCGAAUGGUUUGAAUCUUCUUGUAGAGUAUUCUAAAGUAAAGAAGGUGAUUGUCCCACUAGAGGCAUAGUUAAUUCUUCUGUUUGUUCAAACUCUAAAGGAGCCUGCAUGUAUAAUGGAAAAGAGAAAAUCUGUUAAAAAAUUCAGAGAGAUACAUUACAUUCUCUGAAAUGCAAUACAAUUGGAUUAUCAAAGAAAGGUUGUCUUUUAGUAAAAAAUAAAAAUUGUUGUUUUUAUGGAGGAAAAUGUUAAGAACUUAAUGAAUAAGAUCUUAAAAAUUAUUUAUGUGAAAUGGAUUUGAAUGAAUAGGCAUGUGUUAAUUUAGAAACUGAAUUUCAAUAUUGUUAAUGGAAUGGAAAUAAUUGUGAAAGAAUAUUUAUGAAUUAAGAUAUUGAUUGUCCUUUAAAAUUUAAUAACGAUUUAAUGAAAGUUAAUGGAAAUGUUUGUUAAGCUAUAUCUAAAUCAAAUGUUUUAUGUAAAUAUGAUAAAAACACAAAUUUAUGUGUUGCAAGUACAAAUUAUGAUGAAUGUGAGACUCCAUUUCUUAAUUUUCUUGGUUGUAUUAGUAUUUAAAAACAUCAUUAAACAUGUUAAUGGUAUCAAAAUAAAUGUAGAUUCAUCAUAAUUCAAUAAAAUAGCACUUUAUGUGAAACUUUAAAAUCUGUUAAUGCAUAAUCUUGUUCUUAAGUUUAUGAAAGUAAUUCUAUUGGUUGCUAUUAUGAUCAAAAUUCAUAUCAAUGUAAAUCAGUUUCAAUUGAUUCAAAUUAAUAGAUUUUAAAUAUAAUUCAGGAAUUAUAUACAAUUUCAUGUAAAGACUUAUCAUUAGGAAUUAAUAAAGUAUUAUGCGCCUCUCUUACUACUCCAUCCACUCCCUGUAGAUGGCAUUAAGAUUAAUGUUCAUAUAUAAAACAAAGAAAAGAUAUCGCAAAUGUUCUCUGCAUGGACUUAUAACAUGCUAACUAUUAAGCUUGUGCUUUAGCAUAGUAUAAUAAUGAACCUUGUAUAUAUUCUUAUGAAUAAAAAGGAUGCAGUAAUAAUCUUAAAAAGGAAACUGAUUGUAAAACAGAUGGAUUGAAUGCUAUUGGCUGCGAAUAAAUAAAGAAAAAUUGUUAUUUCGAUAAAGUCUCUUGCAUUGUAAAAUAAGAAAUAGAUUUUAUACCAGUUGUUGCAAAUCUCAAUGAUUAUUAAAUUAUAAGACCUAAUUACUAUGACUCUGAAGAAUGCAAAUCAAUCUAUCUAACAAAACUUGCUUGCUCUUCAAUAACAAAGAAAGGAUAAACGUGCAUUUGGUCAUUUAAGUUAAAUACUUGCACUGAAACAUCAAUUACAUACAAUGAGAAAUGUUUCGCUUAUUCUGGUGCAUCCGUCAUAAUAAAUCCUAAUGUCUGUGCAUCAAUUUUAUCCGAUGUUUCAACAUUUUGUACCUUUGAUGGAAAAACAAAAAAUUGUAAAAUUCCACUCAAAAUUGAUUGUAACACAAAAUGUUGUACUGAAUAUAAUUUGAUUGGAAUAAAUGCACAUUUAUGUAGUAGAUUUUCAGACUAAACCAAAGGGGUUUAUUGUUAUUUUCGUGAUUAAAGAUGCUAAGAACUAAAAGUUGAAACUGUUGAUAUAUCUGAUUAAUAUAAAGUUAAAAAAUACUAUAAUGAUUUGAAGUUACCUUGUUCAUCUAUGAAUAGAAAUUCUUGCCAUAUGAUUGAGUGGUCGACUAAUUAACUGUGUUAUCAUAAUGGAGAAGUUUGUAAUAAUCUCAAUUUUUAAUUAUAUUCUAAUUUGACAAUUUUUACUUAAGAACCUUCAUAAUUGAAUAAAUUUGCUUGCUUAGCCAUCGAAGCUACAGAAUCAGCAUUGAAUAAAUUGAAAUAUUUUACUUAUAAUUCUACUAAUUUAAGAUGUCAAGAAUUUCAAGUUAAUUCUGAAUAUAAUAUUUCUAAAUGUGAAGAUGCAAAUGGAAAUAAGAACAUAUGUACAAGAUACACUAAAAAUAAUUGGUGUAAAUGGGAUCCAGAUGCCCUAUAAUGUAAAACUAUAAAAGAUGAUGUGUUUGAUGAAUUUUACGAUUGUAAUUCGAAUGUAAACCUUAAGGCUUGUGUAGAAAACAAAAUUUCGAAUUGUUUUUUUACCUACUAAAAUGAUACAUGUUUAGAAUAUACAUAAGAUGUGAAUCCUAUUUUAUUAAAUUAUGAUUGGUAAGGUAGUUUUUAAGUAUGUAAGUGUAUUAAUGCUGUUGGUUAAAAGUGGCGUUAUUCUGAAGAAAAGAAAAAUUGUAUAAAAUCAGAUGAAACUUUUGAAGAUUAUAAUUGCGAUAUUUCAAAAUUUAGUGGCAAUAAUAGAUAUUGCUAUGAUAACACGAUUGGUUAAUGUAGAUGGGAUUCAGCUAAUUUAAUUUGCUAUUAAAAUGGUACUGAAAUUUCAGAAUUAAAUUGCGAUGACUAUCUAAAUAAAGUUCUAUGUCUAAAGGUAACAAAAGAAGGAUGUAUGUGGAAUGAUAAGGAAUAUUAAUGUUAAAUAUUUCAAUACGAUCCAAAUGCAUUAAAAGAUUCAUACAAAUUAAUUAAUGAAAAAGCAUGCUUAUCAAUUUAAGAUGCUGCGUAUUAUUAUAAAAGAGAAAAUAAUGAAUGCUAAAAAUUUAAAGAUUACUAAAGUAGGAGUGGAUGUACUAACUAUUAAAUGAAUAAAUAUGCGUGCUUAGUUUAUACGCAAGGGUACUUGUGUUUUUAUGAUUAAAAUGAGUCGAUCCCUAAUAAUUUCUGUAAAUACUUUAAUGAUUAAUAAUUCGCUUGUGCCCCGAAAUUUGGAAACUAUAUCAAUAUUGAAGUAUGUAGGAAUUUACCUGUUUCUUGUUACUUUAAUGCAAUUACUCUUGAAUGUAAAGAAUUAGAAACAUCAUAAUAAUAAUAUAAUUUAUCGGAUUUUCAAAAAGAAAAAUAGUAUCCUAAUAAAAUUGCUUUUGCAUCUUAUAUUUAUAAAUAAACCGAUCCGAUCGAUUAUAAUUUGACUUAUUAAUUCGGUGGACUAUGUCAACUUGAAAACAACUGCUAUUUUGUAGGCAAUAAUUCGUGGACUUAUGAAUUUAGCUCUGACUACUAAGAAUAAAAAAAGAAUCCAUAUAUACAGAUUUCAAUAGAAUGGAUUUAGAUUAAUAUGUUUUGUAAGAAAUAGAUUAUUAAAUUUUAAUUAGAAUAAUAAUUUAUUACAUACGAAUAAAACUAAUAAAAAUUUUGCAUAAAAAAUACUACAUACAUCUCUGAAGAAAUGUUUUGCUAUAAUUCGUCAGAUACUAUUACUGAAGUAUAUGAGGAAUUAGAUGAUGAUGCCGAUAGUACUUAUGUUUCUAUAUAUACUUCUCAAUUAAAUAAUACUUAAACAACUGCAGAGAGAAAUUAAAAUCUUUCUUUUUCGAAAGAACUUUGUUUAAAUUUCAAAAAAGAAGAAUAUUUUUUUGAUUUAAAACAAGGAGGUUGCAUUUAAUUAAAAAAUAAUGAACAUAAUAGUCCUUAAUUAAAUGAAGAAGAUUGCUCAAAUUAAUAUUCUUUAUGUUAUGAAGUUACAGAGUUUGUAGAAUAUAAUAAAGAAAAGGUUUGUGGUUAUGUUGAUCAAGCAUGCAAAUUUAAAGAUAAUAAAUGUGAGGAUGCAACUCAUUCUACUUGCACUGAAUUAAUAGACCUUAUUGUGUCUUAAUAAGCUUGCAUAAGAUGUAAAGAUUAACCAAUGAAAUAUAACACAACUAAAUAAAAAUGUGAACCUAUAUAUAAGACUAUUAAUCAAUCUUGUUUAUCAUAAUCAAAAGGUAUAAAAUGUAAAUGGAAAUGGAAUAAAACUUCAAAAUGUAAGGGAAAAAAAUUUGAAUUUGAGUGUUAAAACAUAGAAGAUAAAGAUUUAGAUUUAUUAGAUUGUGCUAUUUUAAAUGAAGAUGCUUGUAAGGAAAAAUAAUAUAAUUUAUGUUGGUUCAAUUAGGAAACUAAAUUAUGUAUGAAAUAUAAUCCAUUUAAAGGAGAAUGUCAAUCAUUUAAGAAUAAGUAAACUUGCAUAUAAUCUAUGGUUGAAUCAUGUAUAUGGACAAGUGAUACUUGUUAAAUUGCAUCAGAACAAUAACAAUGUGAUGGUCUUAAUAAAUUUGGAUGUUUAAAUUGCUAAAGUCAAUCUUGUGUGUGGUUUGAUAACAGUCAUAAAUGUGUAUAAGCUAUAUUCUUUGAUCAACCUAAAAAUUGUACUGAUUUAUAAUAAUCUGGUAUUUCACAUGUGAAUGCUUUAACUUGUACAUCCAUGAAAACUCAAAAACCUUGUAUUCUAAGUAAAAAUUACAAAUGCAGAGAAAUUAUUGAACCUAUACUAUAUCAAUGUGAAACUGUUGGAUUAAAUAAAUACGCUUGUAUUUUAAAUACUAAAAAUAAAUGUGCUUUCUUAAAUAACAAGUGCAUCACCAUUCAUACCCAAAAAGAAGGGUGCAAAAAUAAUCUAAAUCAAAAUGCUUGCUUGAAUUAAGAAGAAUAAUGUAUAUUUUAAGGAGGAAAAUGCGAAAGUCCAAAUUUUAUGCCUAUUAAUUAAUUGCUUUAGGAACAAUAUGCAACUUACUCUAGCAGUUUUUGUAAGUAGAUCGACAGUGACGCAUAUGUAUAUAGCGACAUUUAAAAAAAGUGCGUUAAGGCUGAAAACUUAGAUACGAAUUUAACAGAUUGCUCAUUUCCCGGUAUUAAUAAAUAGGCUUGUUUAAAUUAAAUAAAAUCAUUUUGUGAGUACAAAAACAAUUAGUGUUAGAAAAUUGAUAAGAUAUAAAUAGACUCAUGCUCUAAACAAAAAUUAAAUAAGUUUGCUUGCACUUAAGUUGAUCGUAUAUCAUGUAAGUUUGAAAACAAUGAAUGUCUUGAAGUUAAAAAAGAUGAAUAAUUUGAUUGUAAAUCAUUGUAACUCAAUGUGAAUGAAAAAAUAUGUUCUUAUUUGACAGAAUCAUGCUUUUAUGAUAAUAAAAAUAGAGUUUGCGUUAAAGCUGACCCUGAUGAAUAAGAAAAAUGCGAAGGGUUAAAUUUUGAGGCUUGCAUAAAUGAUUCAAAUAAAUUGUUAUGUGAAUUUAAUAAAAGUGAAAAUAAGUGUGAGAGUUCUUAUGGAUACUCCUUUUGUGACGAUUAAGUUAACAAAAAUAAGUGUUUAGCAAUUACAACAAAAGGAUAAUUUUGUAGAUUCGAAAAAAAAAAAUGCUAGAAAAUUGAUAUUACAGGUAUUAAGUGUGAGACACAAUUCUAAACUAACCCAAUUACAUGUUCUAAAAUAGAAGAUAAAGAGGCAUGCUUUUAUGAUAAAUUUGAAAAAAUGUGCAAAAUUUAUAAAUAGUAUUGUGAUAAUGUUACCUGCUUUUCUCAUUAACGGUUCUACUAAAAUUAUUAACUGUCCAAUAUUGAUUCCUUUAACAAAAACACUUGUGUAUAAUUUUAAGAGGCAAUUUCUUAUAAUCCUAAAGAUUUAUAAAUAACAAAAUUGCCAGUCCGUCUUUUAUGGAACGACGGCUGCGCUGAGGUAAAAAACAUUCAAUUAUUGUAUUUAAGAUGCGAUGACUAUGUAAAUAUAUAUACUUGUGUCAGUAUUUUAACUCCAAAAUAGUACUGUUACUUUAAAGAUAAUAAAUGUUUAAAUGCUAAAUUGACUGAUUUCGAAGACAAAUAAUGUGAUGAAAUAAUAAAUAUUAACUCAGGUGUCUUUUGUGCUUAAUAAUCGGGAAAUCCUUGUCGAUUCAAUUAAUUAUUGCAUAAGUGUGAAUCUUUUAUGGAUAAUAAGAUUGCAUGUGUGGAGGAAAAUCCAGAGAAAAAAGGAUAUAAUGAAGCGGCUUGUUAAUUGGAUUCUGAAAAUUGCAUUUUUAGUGAUUAAUGUUAUAAAGUUAAAAAAGAUCAACUAUAAUUUUGUCAAAAUGCUUUAGAUUAAGAACAAUGUUCAAGAGUUUUGAUUGAGGGAUGUAAAUCUACAGAUAAUAUUUGCUUGAAGAUCUAAGAUUCAGAGUAUAAUGAACUUAAAUGCGAAGAUGUUGUAAAUCGAAUAGGAUGUGUGAAUAUUUAAACUUAAGAUCAAUACUGCUAAUUUAAAGAAUCAAAAUGUGUUUCGUAUACAAUACAGAAGAGUAGCUAUAUGUACUUUUAAUCAAGUAUAUCUUCUAAGAUAAGCGCACAGUGUGAAAUGUUUUAAAAUGUUAAUCACUACAGAUUUUGUGAAUUAACAACAGAUUUAGGAUGCAUGUAUGAUUUUCAAUUGAAUUCAUGCAAAGUUGUACCUGAAAAUUAAUAUUUAAUUUGUUAAAGAGGUAUUAAUAAAAUAGCAUGCUUGCAAUAAACAGAUAACAAUCUUAAAUGCUAAUUUCUUGAUUAUUGUUAGGACUCAGAUUCUGGAAUCUAGAAUUGUUAAUUUUCUGAUAAAAACUUAUGUUGUAAGUUAGCAGCCACAAAAGAAAAUUGUCUAAUUUAAAAUAUUUAUUAAUGUUAGUGGUAAAACAAUGAAUGCUAAAGUUAUUAAGAGAACGAAAAUAAAGAAUGCGAUAGAAUCAAAUUUUCUAGUUUAUCGGUUUGUAUUUCCGUUGAGGAUAAGUUCUGCAAAUUCGAUAAGGAUAGCGAUUCAUGCAUUUCUUUUAAUCCAAAUUCAUGCGAUGAAUUGUAAUCAUUAAGCUAAUGUAAAAGAAUGAGUACUUUACCUUGUAUUUGGCCUGAUGAUAAAUAAGAUAAAAAAUAAUGUAUAUAAAUGGUUGAUUAAUAAACAAGCGGUUCAUUAUAGUUAAGUUGUUAAGAUGUAAAAGUAUAAUCUGGAAAUUUAAAAGCCUGUAUGAAUGUUAAAUUGCAAGGAUAAAUGUGCAUUUUUAAAGAUCACUAAUGUGAAACUUUUUAAUAAACUAACGAAAAUAAUUGCUUAGAUAAUAUUAAUAUUAAUUCAUGUUUACAAUAAACUAAAAGUGAUUGUUAUUGGAACCUAAAAGUAAAUUUUGGUGAAUAAUGCUAAGCCUUUCAGGAUUUUGAUAAAAAUGAUUGUUCUAAAAAUCUUAGUUAUACAUCUUGUUUGAAAAUAUCAAAAGAAGGUGUAUUUUGCAUUUGGAAAAAUUAACAAUGCUAAGAAAUUAAUGAUGAUCAGCUAAUUGUUUAUAAGCCUUCAUCUUUUACAUAGAUCAAUGUUAAUGUGUGUGGUUUGAUAAAUAAUGGAGACAAAGUAUAAUAUGAUAAAAAUAUAUAUCAAUGUGUUAAAGUUCAAGAUAUUCGAAAAUUAUCAUGCUCAACAGAGGGAUUAAAUAAAGAAGCAUGUUUAAAUAUUGAAAAAUAAGAAUGUCUUUGGGAUGUAGCAAAUAGAAAAUGUAUAAAGUAUAUAUUCAAUCCAUAAUUAAAAACAUGUAAAAUAUUAAAUGUAUCUUCACAAUCGUGUACAUAAAUAAACGUUUAGGAGGCAUGCGGAUUUGUAAAAAAUCGAUGUGAUAAAGUUGAUUUAAAAUAAGUUAAAUGUAAUUCUGAUGGAUUAAAUAAAUAUGCUUGCCUUAAUGUAGAAGAAUAUCCUUGUAUUUGGAUAAAAAAUAGUAAUGAUGUAAAAUAUCAUUGUGAAGAUUUUAUUCCAUCUACUCCAUGUGAAUAAGUACCAAAGGAUGUCAAUUCUAAGGUUUGUACUCUCGUUCAAGAAGAUUCAUGUUAUUAUAAUAAAGAUAAAUCAAAAUGUGAAGUACCAAAUCAGAAUCAUACUGAUUGUGAAUUGGUAGGAUUAAACAGUAUUGGAUGUGUAUAAAUUGAAAAUUGCUUUUUUAAAUAAAAAUGUUAAUUAUUCUAAAAAAACAGCUACGCAAGUUACAAAUGUGAUGAUUUUCCAGUAGCUAAUAAAUUAAUUUGUAAAAAUGCCGCUGAUUCUUGUAAAUAUAAUGAAAUUCAGUAUGGAUGCUCAUCAGCUAAUAAUGAACUCUGUUCAAACGAUUCUUUAAGUAUAGAAGCAUGCAAACAUUAACAACAAUGUGUACAUAAAGAUUAAAGUUGCCAAUGCAAAUACGGUACUCAGCCUGGCUAAGAGAUAAAAGAAAAUGCAGAUUGUGAAUAAUUUAAAUGUGAAAAUUUAGAGGAAAAACUUUGUUUAAACAAUGGAGAAUGUUGUAAAUUUGAAAAGGUUUGCAAAAAAAAAUAAUGUUAUGAUUUAACCUAAUAAUAAUGUAUUAAGAAUGACUGUGAUUGGAAUAAUAUAAAGGAGAGUUGUAUAGAUAUAAUAGAAUGCGAAUAAUUUUAGGAUUAAGAUCUAUGCAAUCGAUAAUAGUUUUAAAAAAGGUAAUGCUAAUGGGUUGAAAUGAAGGGGAAGCAAAUUUGUGUAUAAAACAAAUGUCACAAUUUAGAAAAAAACUAAAUUUGUACUGGAUCUAGAGUUGCUCAAUAAACUUGUGUAGAAAUGAGGUAAGGAAUUUGUGCUUCAUGUGAAGAAAUUUCUGACUCAUGCGAAUGUUUGAGAUAGUCAGAUUAUUGUUAAUACGAUAAUAGGAAAUGUACAUCUAAAAAAUGUAAUUAAUAUUCCAAAGAGCUUUAAUGUCCCUUUGAAUUUUGUAUAUUUUAAGAGAAAUGUUAAACUAAAUGUGAAAUUAUUACAGAUAAAUUUAAUUGUAAAUAGGAAGAGAACUGUGAAUGGAUAGAAUCAAUAUAUAGAUGUAAUAUGAAAUGCAUAAUAAUAAAAAAAUCAGAAAUAUGUGAUUAAAUUUAUUACUGUUAGUGGGACGAUGUUGGAAAGUAAUGCUUAUAAGACUUUAAGAACGAACAAGUAACCAUUAGCAUUUUUAUUGGAACAAAGAUGAUAUUUCCAAUCUUUGCCUUAAUAAGUUUUAUUUUAAUAUGA